GUUUUGACCAUGACAACUGUAUGACGGCGGCUCGGAGAGGCGGCGGAUGAGUCCCCAGCUGAGAAACAUGGUGCAUAGGGCAAUCAGCAAGCGACAGCGACAUGUUCACGCAAACAAUUGCACCGUGUUUGAAGAUGAAACUUGCAGUAUUCAGAUCGUCGUGGUAUCGACGGUGGUCAAGGGUGGCAGGGUGGAUGUGAUUGCGCGUCCGAGGAAGGUGAAGCGGGUUGAAGCGCGUGUCAACGUUUCGAUCAAGCGGCUCCACUUGCAAAGCGUCGGCCUUCCAAGCUUCUGACGAUGCAUGCAAUCAAGGGGCUGUUCAAAACUUGUCCCUACCUCUUCAACCAAAUUUCACCCCGUCCUUCUCUCUUCAUUCUUUGCUCCGUCCGCAACUCGCAUACUGUUCGCUGGUCACCCCCCUCGAGCAGCGCAUUGAUCUCCUCGACUCGAUAACCCCGAAACGCCACACUUUGCGCAAUGGAGAAGGAAAGAACAUCUGGUGAGGUCGAGAGACCAGAGCAGGCCGAGCCUGUUUUGCCCACCGUCAAUCCAGCGCUCGAGAAGCCUGCUCCUCCCCAGAGCAGCAUCCACCCCGCUCUCUAUGUCGUUGUCUGGAUUGCAAUGAGCUCCAGCGUCAUCCUGUUCAACAAGUACAUUCUCGAUAAGAAGCAAUUGAAUUUCCAAUUUCCCAUCUUCCUCACAACAUGGCAUCUCGGGUUUGCGACCAUUUGCACCCAGAUCCUCGCUCGUUUCACCACUGUUCUGGACUCAAGAAAGAAGGUGCCCAUGAACGGCAGAGUCUAUCUUAGAGCCAUUGUCCCCAUUGGUAUCUUCUUCUCUCUGUCCCUCAUCUGUGGCAACCUCACCUACCUCUACCUUUCGGUCUCUUUCAUUCAGAUGCUCAAGGCCACCACCCCUGUCGCUGUCCUGAUCACCUCCUGGGUCAUGGGCUUGUCUCCUCCGAACAUGAAGACCCUAGGAAACGUGUCUUUCAUCGUCAUUGGUGUCAUUAUCGCCUCGUUCGGUGAAAUCCAGUUCGUCAUGCUCGGUUUCCUCCUCCAGGUCGCUGGUAUCAUCUUCGAGGCCAUCCGCUUGACCAUGGUCCAGCGCCUUCUGUCUUCUGCCGAGUUCAAGAUGGACCCUCUGGUCUCACUCUACUACUUCGCUCCCGCAUGUACCAUCAUGAACGGAAUUGUCGCUCUGCUCGUUGAGGUCCCCUCCAUGACCUGGGCUGAUUUUGACCGUGUCGGUUACUUCACCCUUUUGCUCAACGCCAUGGUCGCCUUUGGUCUGAACGUUUCCGUCGUCUUCCUCAUUGGCAGAACUUCCUCGCUCGUUCUUACACUUUGCGGUGUUCUCAAGGACAUUCUUCUCGUCAUGGCAUCGAUGCUCAUCUUCCGCGACCCCGUUGCACCUCUGCAAUUCUUCGGUUACUCCAUCGCCCUCGGUGGUCUUGUCUACUACAAGCUCGGAGCCGACGCUCUCAAGGAAUACGCUGGUGGUGCUGGUCGCGCCUGGGCAGACUACGGUGCUAGACACCCUGCACUCAGAAAGCUCAUCGUUUUCGGUGGUGUGCUUUUCGUCCUCUUCGUUGUCCUCGGCUCGUUCAGCUCCUCUCUGCCUGUUGACCCCAAGUCAUAUGUCGACAACAAGUACAGCAGCUUCUUCGGCAACACUGGCGCAUAGAGUCUUUGAGAAACGUCCAAUUCAUAGGCAGAGGACGACGUCACUUUUUAGCACGCUGGAAGCAAGUCUCCUGCUGCAAGCAAAAAGAAACAAUAUAAUACUGUGAAUGAUUAUUGGGAUGCGA